UUUAAUAUCGAGAGUUUUCUGAUCUUACCAGAAUAGGCAAGAUUAAUGUUCAAUCUCAAAAAUUUCUGAAUAUAUUUCUUUAUCCACAGAAAUAAACUGUGGGGAAAAAAUUAAGAGGCUGCUGAGGCUGCUGGUUCUCUCCACUGCUGAAUCACCAGAGAUUUAACACACAAUGGGGCAAGAAGAACCGCAAAAUAAAUUAGAAAGAGGCCAGCAUUCCCAGCUGAUCCCUUGGACCAUUGCUAUUUUUUUCAUGUCACUUCUAAGUGCCUGUUUUAUUGCAAAUUGUGUGGCUGAAACAAAGGAACUGCAUAGGAAGAACAGAGAAGUGACUCACCACAACAUUCUACCCUGUAAGAAAGGAACGGGGUUCUUCAGGCUCCCAAAGCAGCACCCAAAGGUGAUAUGCGUCAGAGAGAAACCAGAACUGAAAGGGGGCACCUGGAAUUGCUGUCCUGUGGGCUGGAGAGCCUUCCAGUCCAACUGCUAUUUUCCUUUUAAUGACAACAAGACGUGGGCUCAGAGUGAAAGCCACUGCUCUGGGAUGGGAGGUCACCUGGCCACCAUCAGCACAGGGGCUGAGCAGAACUUUAUCACUCAAUUUUUGGAUAGACGAUUUUCAUAUUUCCUGGGACUUAGGAAUGAGAACCUUGACGGCCAGUGGCAUUGGGUGGACAAGACACCAUUUAACCCACAGAUGGUAUUCUGGCACAAGCGUGAACCCAACAAUGAUCAGAAAGAAAUAUGUGUUGUUCUUGUUAAAGACAAAGACAAAUGGGCCUGGAAUGAUUUUCCUUGUGACCAUAAGGCAAGUUGGAUUUGCAAGAUAACUGGAACUGCAUUCAACUAAAAACCUACGAAGGGGGCCCUGUGAUGAGGACAGAAAACAAGAAACAAUGUGACUAAAGCAGAACAUACAUGUAUUGUGGGAACAGAGAAAACAUUUUCCGUCAUAGAACAUUUUCAGUCAUGAUGGCCUUAUUUAUUUUUUUGUUUCAUUCAUUCAAGAUAAUGUAUUUUUGUGUAGUGUUUUGGUGGAAAGAAUCAUAUUUUUCUGUGACAGUCAGUUUUCAUUAACUUUGCUUUCAUGAUAGUAUUUCAGGCAGGGUAUUUACUUUUCAACUGGCGUGUAUUGAUUACAUAUUUAAUAGCUUGAAUGGUGAAAUCUCUUAAGUCACCAUUUCCUCUGCUCUGAUGAUUCUUAGAACUUAAAGUUCAAAGGUGGGAUAUUCCAAUUGGUGGUGGUGUAUCAUUUUUUUAACCUAAAUAUCACAAGCUCUAAAGUUUUUAAGCAGCAUUUUUAUUGUCUGGUACUUUGUUUUCAGGUUUUUUAAUAGUAUCAGUCAUUAGAUUGAAAUUCCAUGAGCAAAAUAUUUUCUGAAGAACAGUAUAGAAUAGUUAGAAUUAUGGUAUUGCCCAGGAAGAAAGAGCUUCCCUGGUAGCUCAGUUGGUAAAGAAUCUGCCUGCAGUGCAGGAGACCCCAGUUGGGUUGCUAGGUCGGGAAGAUCUGCUGGAGAAGGGAUAGGGUACUCACUUCUGUAUUCUUGGGCUUCCUUGGUGGCUCAGAUGGUAAAGAAUCCACCUGCAAUGCAGUAGACCUGGGUUCUAUCCCUGGGUUGGGAAGAUCUCCUGGAGAAGGGAACGGCUACCCACUCCGGUAUUCUUGCCUGGAGAAUCCUAAGGAUAGAGGAGCCUGGGGUCGCACAUGACUGAGUGACUUUCACUUUCCAGCAAGAAAAAAAUAUCCAUUUAUCUUUUAAAAAAUUUACUCUACUUUAAAAAUCUUACCAUAGUGAAGAGUCUCAAGCUGAUAAUUUUUUUGAGUGGAAAAGUCCCUACAUGCCAUCUUAAGCAAACUCCUUUAAUUCUAUAGCUAAGGAAACAAAAGUUUUGGGAAGCCAAAGAGCUCACCUUCGCAGAGUUAAUUUAUGAUACAAACAGGACUGUGGCCCAGAACUAGCUUUCAUAGUAGGGGGAAUGUGUUCCCUUUGGUAUUACAGAAAAGUUACUGGUGGUGCUGUGGCCUCUUGGCUAACAGAUAGAUAAUAGUUCUUAAUUAUUCAUGUAACACUGUAUUAGUGUUUCUGUAUUUUUAAUUUGAAUCAGAAGAAAAUCAUAUUUUCAAUCCAUUUAAGUAAAUUGUUAGCAUGUUUAUUUAGAAGUAUAAAGUUACAGUUCGAACUAGCAAGAAAGUCAUGGCUUUAAGAACCUGAAGUAGUGCUUUUGUGAUAUAUGUAGUUUUAAUUGUGAUGCAGUCAUGUCCAACAUCAACAAAAUAUGGAGGUCUUUCUAAAACAUUUUAUUUUGCUGAUGUUUUCUGGAUCCAAGCUAGAAAAUUUCAAGUGACAAUUUUUUAGUUACCUUCCUUGGUGGCUCAGAUAGUAAAGAAUCUGCCUGCAAUGCAGAGGACCUGUAUUUGAUCCCUGGGUCAGGAAGAUGCUCUGGAGAAGGGAAUGGCUACCCACUCCAGUAUUCUUGCCUGGAAAAUUUCAUGGACAGAGGAGCCUGGUGGGCUUCAGUCCUUGGGAUCACAAAGAGUCGGGCAUGACUGAAAAACUAACAUUUUCAUCUUCCUUACUACUAUAUUAAAAAAAUAGUAUUUAUUCUGAAAUUAGUGGUUUUCUAAGUUCAGAAUAUUAGCGUUUGAUUGACUGUAUAUGUAUGUCUUUACAUGUAUGUGUUUAAAGCUGAUGCUUUUAACUGAAGAAGCACCAAGGGACUUCAUGUUUGCCAUAAAUUACAUAGCAUUAAUCUAUAAAACUUGUUGAAAUAGACUUUGUAUAGUUAAUAUUAUCCAUUCUUCAUUUGUAUAAAACUGUAUUUAAAGAUUCAGUUGUCAAUAAAAUG